AUGCCUCCCAUUAUCCACUGCGUCCGUCACGCCCAGGGCGAGCACAACCUCUGUGUCGCCAACCACGUCAUCCCCGACCCCCUUCUCACCGAUCUCGGCAACGAACAAUGUCGUAAACUCCGCGAUAGCUUUCCUCGCCACACUCAGGUCGACCUUGUCACAGCCUCCCCGCUCCGUCGCACUAUCUACACGGCCCUGCAGAGUUUCGAGCCCGUGUUCCAGUCACACCCAGAUAUGAAGAUGAUCGCUCUUCCUGAUGCCCAGGAGACGAGUGAUGUGGCUUGCGACACGGGUAGCGACCCGGAGGUACUACGCAAGGAGAUGGAGGAGAAGAAAGUCCCGAUUGAUUUGGGGUUGGUGCAUGAUGGUUGGAACAACAAGCAAGGCAAAUAUGCACCUACUCACAAGGCCAUCAAGGAGCGGGCGCGGGCAGCCCGCCGCUGGCUGAAGGCGAGACCGGAGAAGGAGAUUGUGAUUGUCACCCACGGAGGUUUCCUGCAUUACUUCACCGAGGAUUGGGAGGAUAGCAGCCAGUACCAGGGAACCGGAUGGGUCAACACCGAGUACCGGACGUACGAAUUUACAAAGGAAGUUCACACAGAUGACCUCGAGGGAUAUGAGCUGGACGGAGACAAUGCAUCUCUGGUGGAGACGAUUGAAUCGCGUGAGCGACGCGGGAAGUCUGGGCCCAUGCCAGACCGCGAGCAGCAGAAGAUGCUGUACAGGAAAGGUACUCAGGGAUGGGAUGACCAAGGCUUGCAGCUGAGUAUUGCAGAGCGGGAGGCGGCCAAGGUGCCGGAAGGUACAGAGGUGGAUGGUGUUCGAGUAUAG